CUCUCAAAGUCGACUAACAAAUAUGUCGAUCUUCAACGGCGUUGCACUCGUGACUGGGGCUGCCUCGGGUAUCGGACGCGAGACAGCUUUAUCCUUUGCACGAGAAGGAUGUAAGAAAAUUGUUAUAGUUGACCGUGAUGCAAAAAAGCUCGACGACACAGAAUUGGCCAUUAAAGAGACCUUCCGGGAUGUCCAGGUCCUCGCUGUACCAACAGAUAUCUCCAAAGAGGAAGACAUUGAGAACCUAUAUAGUGAAACUAUCAAAGCAUUCGGCAGAGUAGACUAUGUUGUCAAUGGUGCUGGCGUGUUGAGCAACAACAAGAGGUCUCAUGAGUCUUCCGUUGAGGAAUUCGAUAUGAUCAAUAAUGUCAACUACCGCGGAUGUUGGCUAUCCUCUCGCGCUGCUAUUAAAUGUAUGCUCAAGCAAGACCCUCUCCCUACGCAUGAUGGAAGACCUGGUGUUCGAGGAAGCAUUGUCAAUAUCGCCUCACAAUUGGGAGUGGUUGGUCGGCCAGCAGCACCGGCCUACUGCGGUAGUAAAGCAGCCGUAAUUAGCAUGACAAGAUGCGAUGCUAUUGAUUACUCCAAAGAUCUGAUUCGUGUCAACGCCGUUUGUCCUGGUCUCAUUGACACAGCGAUGACCCGACCUCAAGCUGAUGUCUUGAGUCCCGCAAUCAACAUCGCUCCGAUGGGACGAAUGGGUAGCCCGCAGGAAGUGGCUGAUUGCAUAUUGUUUCUUGCCAGUAGUAAGGCUAGCUUUGUGCAGGGAUCUGCGAUGAUGGUUGAUGGUGGAUAUGUCAUUAAUUAG